CCGGUACAAAAAGGAGUCGAUGGCAAUGUGGAGAAACUCAAUCGCAUUUUGAACGAAGCGAAACUGCGAAACGGCACGGGCACCAUGUACCUGCAGGAUUAUGGGCGUGGCCCCUCCUCUAUGGGGUAUCCCCGUCACUGAUUUUCCGCCGGACACUGAGAUCAUUCGAGCCCCAGAAGGUGGCACUCUGCUCAUUCCCUGCAACAACAGCCACAACACCAACAAGCAGGUGUCCCACAUUGCGAUUCCGCCGGCAUUCACAUACAACGGAAUUCUGGUCGCUGUUCCCGCGGACGGCAUAAACAAGGAACCGCACAAUGAAGUGAAUUAUUGCUGCAACUGUACGAAAGAAUUCAUUGCCGCCACUGCCGGGAACCGUCAGAUACCACGCCGGUGGCUUGUGCCCGAGUACGAUUUGGUAACUGGUGCGUUUUCCAUCGCGUUAGAGAACUUCUCCUACGUCUACACCGGUCUGUACGAGUGCUUGCAUUCCAACGGCAGCCAGCUCGUUGUGACGCAUCGCUAUUGGGUCAGCGCGACCCUCUUCCGCCACAACGUUUUUAAUCCGCCCAUGAAGAGCGUCACCGUGCAUUACGGCCAUCCAGCGGCAAUGGUCUGCCCGGUGCGCUUCAAUUUUCUCCCCGGGUACCUCAUGACCCGCUUUUUGUGGCGUAAGGGAAGCCUGCUCUUACUGGCCCAGUCAGUCCCGGAGAUGAAGGGUAAAGUCACUUCGCCGUUUGGUUUUAAGGGAGAAUUUAAGCUCGGUGUGAGUGAACCCUGUCUGUGCAAUGCGACGAUGAGUUUCUACAGCGUUACAUACGAAGACGCCGGUCUUUACGAGUGCUGGUUUCGCAUUAACGAUCGUCUGGACGAAUGGAUUGCGCAAGAAGCUUACUUGCACGUGAUUUGAGCCGCCAACAUGGAUAAGCAAGCGGUUUGGCAGCGGCGUACUGGCUUUUUCUGGGCAGUUUUAUUUUUUUACUCUGGAAUAAUCUGGGAUAUUUGUUAGAACUGUGUUUUU